AUGCGCAUUGUCCGUGCCCUGUUCACUCGUUCGCAAGCCGCGAUCAUGCAACCGCUCAUCACAGUCGUCGGUGCAACUGGCACAGGCAAAUCAAAGCUCGCUGUAGACAUCGCGAAACGGUUCAAUGGCGAAGUCAUCAACGGCGAUGCAAUGCAGCUCUACCGCGGCCUACCCAUAAUAACCAACAAGAUCCCAAUGUACGAACGAGAAGGGGUGACGCACCAUCUCAUCGACUUUAUAGGCUUAGAGGAGGAGUCGUGGCGGAUUGGACAGUUUCGAAAGGAGUGCUUGCGAGUUAUACAGGAUAUUCAUUCGCGUGGGAAGAUUCCGGUGCUGGUCGGGGGAACUUCGUACUAUGUGCAGUCUGUUUUAUUCAAUGAUGCUCUAGUUGGGGAGGGGGCGGAUGAUGUUUUGUCAGAUGACAAGCAAGCAGAACAACAGGAAAGCGGUGAGAGGAUGUCAGGAGUGUGGGCGAUUCUCGAUGCGCCUGUUGAGGCUAUGAUGGAAAAACUGCGCGAGGUUGAUCCCGUAAUGGCAAAUCGCUGGCACAUCAACGAUGGGAGGAAGAUUCGGCGGUCUUUGGAGAUAUAUCUCAAAACUGGCAGACCGGCAUCUGAAAUAUACGAAGAGCAAAUGCGUCAACGGCAGGCUGCGAUUGACAAAACAGAAGGUGUCACGGCGGGUCAACUACGUUAUUCGACGCUGGUAUUCUGGGUACAUGCGGAAAGAGAAAACCUUUACAGACGAUUGGAAAACCGUGUGGAUACUAUGGCAGAGCAAGGACUGAUUGCAGAAGCACAAUCUUUAUCUGAGUAUGCAGUCGAACAGGAAGCUCAAGGCAACCCGGUCGAUCUGUCCAGGGGAAUCUGGGUUUCUAUAGGAUAUAAGGAGAUUGAGCCUUACUUCACAGCAAUACGGAAUGGAAACUUGAGUGAGAAAGAACUGGAAACGCUGAGAGAGUCUUGCCUGGAGUCCGUCAAAACCUCAACCAGGCAAUACUCUACCAGACAGGUACAGUGGAUUCGAAAGAAACUAUGGACUGCGCUUGCAGAUAUAGGUGCUACUAAUCAGCUGUACGUCCUAGACACCACUGAUCCAGGAGCCUGGGACAGUUGCGUGGCAGAGCCAAUGGAGCGUAUUGUGCAAGCUUUCUUGGACAAUGGAAAUCUUCAAGAUCCAAAGACGCUCUCUCGAUUGGCCGAAGAAACGCUGACCGAAAGAGAGCACAAUUAUAAGAAAGUGACUGUGCCACCUGCUCAAACUCUAAGGCAAAUGACUUGUGAGGUUUGCAAUAAAACGAUGAUGGGUCAGGAGCAAUGGGAUAUCCAUAUCCGCGCUGCAGCUCAUCGACGAGUGCUAAAGGCAGCUGCAAAGAAAGCGCGGAAUAUGGAGUGGCUGCGAAACCAUCCGCCUGCGGAGGCUAUUGAUGGACAGCCGGCGUAG